AUGCUUUUUUCCAUUCUCUAUAGACUAUACAUAUAUCUUCACCACCACCAUCAUCAUCUCCCCCAAUUACUUUCCUUUCUUCAAACCACAUCAACACCAUUCAUUCAUCCUAGCUUUAUUUUUCUCAGAUCGGAGCAAAGAUGGCUUCGUCGGGAAAACUCGAUUCCGCCAAGUUUCACGGCGGCAGGUCCAACUUCUCGCAGACCUGCAACCUUCUCAGCCAGUAUUUGAAGGAGAACGGCGGAUUCGGUGACCUAGACCUCAAUUUCACCCCCAAAGGAUCUGUCAAUCAAUCACCUAAAAUUGAGCAACCAGAAAAGGAGGUAGAGCAGAUGACCAUAUUUUACGCGGGUCAAGUGAUUGUGCUCAACGAUAUUCCGGCGGGGAAGGCCAAGGAGAUCAUCAAUUUAGCCACCGCCGUUUCACCGAUUCAGAAACCCCAGCUCCCGCCUCUUGGCUCUGAUUUACCGAUUGCGAGGAAGAAUUCACUAGCUCGGUUUUUGGAGAAGAGGAAGGAUAGGAUCACUGCAGCCGCGCCGUACCAAGCGAGCAAACCGGCGGUGAAGGAGGAGCCGUGGCUGGAAAUGGGCUCUCAGAUUCCGCGUCAAUAGGGUUUCAGAUUCCUCAAAUUUCCGUUGGGUGGUUUUGUUGUACUUGUAUUGUAACAGUAUGAUUGUAGAUCUGAUAGAUGAGAUCCCACUUACUAAACAUUAUGGAUUUAGGAAAAAAGGUCUGAUCUAUACGUAUGUGUGAUUGAUAGUUUGUUUUCA